UUUUUUAGUUGAGUGUUGUGAGCCCGAACUGUGUGGUGUUUCUGUUUUGCAUUUGCAUUUGCCUUUUGUCACUUUGCUUUCGCCGCUGUUCGAGUAGAGUUAGAAGCCAAAAAAUACGUUCGUCGUCGUCAAACAAACUUUAACUCCUUUUGAUUGAAUUAUUAUUUGUUUUUAUUUGACAAAGUUUUAAACAACAAAUUGCGCGUAAAAGUUUGUCAGUUUUUUUAGGUUCUUGACAAACUUUUUUUGGAAAUUUUCAACACAAAUAACAGAAAACUAAGCAAACAUUCAUAAACACGUGAGAGCAUCUCGUUCAUACAUAAGUCUGUCAUCUUCGUCGCCGUGUCCGUAUAUUGUCGUUGUUGUUGGGAAAAUUAAUUGCACGAGUUCGUAGAAAGUAUCCGGGAAAUAGGACAGUGUGGAAUGAAUGCUUAACUGUUUUGACCCUAUUUGUGGAUUCUGUGGAUAUUUUUUCGUUUGUUUGUGGAUAACUCUCUUUAAUUGCUCGUUGUUACUUCUUUUUUUGAAUAUUUUGAAAGCAGCUUCGUGGGUAAAUAACUACCUCGAUAUUUUACGACAAAAACAAAAGUGAUAAACAUCAGCCAUCAUGAGUGCCGAUUGUGGUCUUUGGAUUGCUAAAUAUAUACUAUGUAUAUUUAAUUUUUUCUUUUUUGUCUCUGGCACAAUUGUGUUAAGUGCAGGAAUAUGGUUAGCUGUAGACAAAGCAUCUUUAAUUGCGUUAACUAAAAUGGCGGAUAAUGAGAAUAUAAAUCACUUUACCCAGCCAGCUGUGAUAGAACAAAUGGCCUACGUGUUAAUCGUAUGCGGAGCGAUAAUGUUCGUAUUGAGUUUCCUUGGUUAUUGCGGUGCAAUAAGAGAGUCUAAAUGUCUGCUGACGACGUAUGGAGUUUUCAUGAUUUUGCUCUUGGUAACAGAAUUUGCUGUUGGUGGACUUGCCUCUGCAUACAAAGACAGAGCAAGAAGUGAAACAAAAUCCUUCCUACAAUCUACUAUAACGAAAUAUUAUUCUACUGGCGAACACACCGAUGCUGUCACUCUUAUGUGGGAUCAAAUGAUGGGAACAUUUUCUUGUUGUGGUGUUGAAAAUUAUCGUGAUUUUGAUUCAUCUGAAAGCUGGACAGCAAACAAGCAAAAUCGAACAAUCCCCGAAGCUUGUUGCGUUCUUACCGAUAUUCCCAAGUCGAUACCACGAGAUGAAAAUUGCACAUCAAAUCCAUCUGAUAACAAUAGUUAUUAUGAAAAUGGUUGCUAUAAUGCCUUUAUUGACUGGAUUCUGCUCCACAAAGAAAUCGUCCUUGGAGUUCUUCUUGGUGUUGGUAUUGUUCAACUCUUAGCAAUAUUCCUCGCAUUUUGUCUUUGCAAAUCUGUUGCAAAGUAUCAUGGCAUGAGACUGUAGAUAUUUUUCAAUUUAGAUUAUUUUUUACCAUCGAUACACAAAUUAACCUUUUUUGGUAGCCAUUUUUUUUGUUUAAUUUGAAUUUCUAAACAGUUACAAAUAUUUGAAGCAAUAUUUUUAUUUUUUAUUUUUAAAAACUUUCGAAAAAAAAGUUUAAUUUAAAACAAAAAUCAUAAAUACCACAGAAGGAAGGUACCUAAAACAUAUACCUACACUAUUCUUAAAAAAAAACUCGAAUUUUGAUUUAUUAAUAUUUUUAAGGAUCAUUUUCUUGAUCAACACAAAACUCUUAUUUAGACGACGCUCGAACUACACUCUAAGUAGUUUUGAUAGAAAUAGUAUUUUUUUUUAAAUGAAUUCUGACCAAUUUUUUUUAAUUUUGUUUUUAAAUAAUGAAAUGAAUUUAAAAUUCACAUUUUAAUACUACGAGUAUUCAAAAUAUUAAGCAUUUAUGUGAAUAUAAUAGAAUAUUUAAACAAAAAUAUUUGUACAAUAAUCAUCAAUUUUAGAUUUAUAAGUGUUAAACGAUUAGAAUUGUUUCUAUAUAUUAAAUUAAUUUAAAUGUUA